AUGGCUGCCACCAUCAGACAGACAAGACUAGGUUUCCCAGAAAACACUGCGGCGCCGGCCCAAUCGCCACGCCGCAUCGGCGCGGCUCUGUGCGCCUCCGCCAUCUUCCGGCUCCAGGUGACGAGUUCGCCGGUACCGACGGGAAAGCUCGCCGGGGACGGGCUCGGGGGGGCGCAGUGUCGGUGGCACUCGGACCCGAGGAGGCGGCAGCUCUGCCCUCUCAGGACUCGGGCCUUGGCCGGGAGGAGCCGGGAGGAGGACCCCUCAGCCCAUGACAUUCUGAGCAUCGCGUCCAUGGGGUCGGACCUGUUCAGGGAAGUGGCCGUCGUCUUCUCCCGGGAAGAAUGGGCGUGGCUGGCGCCUGCCCAGAGGGCUCUGUACAGGGACGUGAUGUUGGAGACCUACAGCCACCUGCUCUCGCUGGGUCUCGCCGUUUCCAAGCCUGAUGUGAUCUCCUUCCUGGAGGACGGCGAGGAGCCCUGGAGGGCGGCGGGGGCGGCGGCGGGAGGCCUGUGCCCCGGUGAGUGA